UCGAUGGCGUCCGGCUUCGGGUUCCCAAUGCUGUCGGCGGCGGAGAUUGCGGAGUCCGUGGUCCAGUUCGGCAUCGCCCCCGUCGCUAACCUCCGCCCCGAGGACAUCGCCAAGCCCCAGCCGGAUCUGCUCCCCGCCAUCCUCGCCCGCUUCCUCGCCUCCUUCGUCGAUGCCCCCGGGGACGACGACGACGGGCAGCUAGGGUUCAGCGACCUGGCGGGGCUGGACAACCCGGAGCACCACCUGGAGGCCAUCCGGGUGCUGCGCCUCCACAACAAGUCGCGGGCCUUCCUCGACUCCAUCCAGUUCAAGGACUUCACGCUCGCCGACCUGCUCCGCCCCACCCCGCGCCGCGUCCUCGAGGUCCUCAGCGCCCUCAUCAACUUCCUCUUCUACAGGGAGGAGAAGCUCAACCUCCUGCAGCCCAUCGUCAACGACGUCCCCGACUACCACCAGCGCACAGUGGACCUCAAGUCCAGGAUCGCCGAGCUUCAGAAGGAGAUUGCCGACCAUGAGCUCGCCGAGCAGAUGGAGGAGCCCAUGGCCCAGCAGCUGGAAGCGGACCUCAAUGCUCUGCAGCAGAAAGUUCAGGUUUACAACAAGCAGCAGUUGGCCCUGCGAGCAAAAUCUUCGGCCAUCACUGACAAGAAAGAGGAAAUCCACAGGAAGAUAACCCAGGCCGAUUUUGAGUUGACUAAACAUGCCCAAGAAAACUCCAAACUGAGGUCCAAACUAGUUAAGUCUCCAGAAAAGGUUCAGAGGGCCUUGGAAGAGAAGAAAUCAGUUCGUGCUAAGUUGAAGGAGUCUGAGAAAACAGCAACGCAAAAUGUUCAAGAAAAAACUGCCACUUUGGAGUUACUAAAUAAGGCUCAUGAAAAACUGGCGAAGCAACACACUAAAAUCCAGGAUGUACAAGAACAGCUUGCUGCUGCUAAAACAGUUGAAAAGGAAGUUAAAUCUCGCAAAGCUAAGCUUAAUGAUGAAAGUCUCACAGUCAGGUCCUUUGAUGCACAGAUUAUUGAAUGGCAAGGAAAAGUACAUGAAAUGGAGGACCGUCUCAAGACGAAAGUGAAAGAAAGGAAUCAAAUAAUAGCAGAUGAAAAUCAGAAACUGGGUGCUUUGAAGUCCGAGAUUGAAUGUAAACUGCAGUGUCUUGAACCUAGAGAAAAGAAAGUAGAGGCAAUGAUCGCGAAGGCUUCUAAGUUAUGUUCAGAGGCUGCUUCAGUAAGGACUGCUGCCACAUCAGAACAACAGAAAAUACGUGCAAAGUUCGACAAUAUUCUGAAGGCGUUCAACACCUACAUGGAUAAUAUCAACCCUUUCCUGGAACGACUCGAGGAGGUGGGCAGGCAACUGGCAGAGGACGAUAGCUCCGCACCCAAAGCCAGUGCAACAAGCAAGAAGUCAAGGGCUAGGAAAAGGACAUGAGCUGUUCUUCUUAUUUCCGGAGACCCCAGUAUACAUUUCGGUUCAUCUGUACAUGGCUCUGUUAGAACAUCGGCACUUUAUUGAUCUAUGAAAUAUGUGUGCAGGAGCAUCACCCUGCCAAACAGAAAAGGCAUAGAGCUGACUAGCCCUAGAUAUACCCUGCUUUCUUCGUAUCCCUGGCAACAGAUCCUGCGACGGUGUUUGUACUAUUUACUGAAUUAUCUGCUGAUCUCGACACUAAGUAUUGCUUGUUGUUUCAUGGAAGGAUGGCCGGAAGCUAUAUACGGAUGUUCUGUUUUAUGUAA